CAGUGGUCCAUGCACUUUUGACACAGUCUGUUUCACACAUUAUUCAGGUGCUUUCUCUUCCUGACCUCGUGCCUGGUCAGAGUGCUGUGGUGAACUUUGAGAUCCAAAACCACGGUGCAGCACGGAACUUCAGUUUGACAGCCGAUGAUGACUGUGGAUAUCUUCAUAUGACAGGGCCCCACAGCUUUCUUGUAGCAGAACAAAGGUCUUUUCGUGACCAGGUGUACCUGCAGACUCCAGCCACAGCGCAGGCAGGGGUGACAGUCACCCUUACGCUGACUGUAAAUGAUCUUCAUUCUGCUGACUCAAAUUAUGCAGUAGCCUACUUGACUGUGGUCCCUCAGGAUUCAGACACGUCCCCACCAUCCUGCUCUGCAGCACGAGUCCAAUCUAACUGUUCUGCAAUUUGCAACGCGACUAGCUGGAGUGUGUCUCUGUCUGUAUCAGAUAUCGGACACUCUGGCCUUGAUGCUCUGCAGCUACAGGAAGGUGGCUGA